ACGACACACUCACCCCUCCCUCUCGGUUCUCAGCUGUUGAAACUCAGAGCGUGUUACCGUGGAAGAGUCGCUCCUUCACCUAAGAUGAAGUCCGAUAGUCUGACUGACGCAGUAUAACAUUCAUUCUACACUUUGUUUUUUUUGCAAAGAUUAUAAGCAGACUAAAGGAAAAAAAUCUAUGAACUCAGUUCCACCACUAUUGAAAAAAUAAAAAUACUCAGACUCGCAUUCUGCUGCUGCAAUAAUGUAAGUUAAAAAAUUAGAAAUUCACUAUUUCACUAAAUUAUUUAGAUAAGAAAAUAUAUAUGUGACACAUUUGAGGAAAAUACUACUAAUAAAAAAAACAGAAAAUUCUAAAGGUGUUUGUGUUUUUUCUCCACGUGUAUGGGGCAAGGGGGCGGUACUACGGUGUUGUUUGCAGGCAGUGCGACUUAAUGAUACGAGGAAAAGUGGAUAGUCGUCGAAGAAGUGAUAUUUGGAUGCAUUUUGAAAUGAAAAGUGCAACACAUGCACAAUGCAACAUUUGCAAGGCAGUUUUGUCUUUUCGAGGGGGAAGCACAUCAAAUAUGAGAAGACAUCUCAGUAGCAAGCACCCCACAGUCAUGCUACAACAACAGCACAGUCAAAACCCAGCUACUACCAUUGGACAACCUAGCGGCCAGCAGCAGGAGCAACAAUCUUCAACAGCAGCAUUAUCAACAGCAGUCACAUCACCUGUUUAUUCCAGCAGCACAUCAACAAGUACUCAGCAAGAAAAUACAAGCACACACACAGCAGGGCAAGGACAGCAAUCAGCAAAAAGAAGACAGAGGCAGUCAUACAUGGGAGCAUUUGUGUCAAGGCCCAUGAUGCCACUUCAGCAGAGCAAGGUUGACCAGGCUCUGGUUAAAAUGAUUGCCCAAGAUUUUCAGCCCUUUUCAAUCGUUGAUGACAGAGGAUUUAGGGAAUUCACCAAGGCACUUGAUCCUUCAUAUGUUCUUCCCAGUAGAAGUACACAGACAGCUGAUGCCCGAUUUGUUUCAGAAGAUAAGAGCUGAUGUUCAGGAAAAAAUCAAGACAGCACCUGCUGUGUGCUUAACAACUGACUGCUGGACCUCCAGCACAUCAACAAGUUACAUGUCUGUUACAUGCCACUAUGUGACCGAGUUUAAGCUGCAGUCAAACUUGUUGGACUGUUUUGAAUUAACAGACAACCAUACAUCUGAAAACCUGGCUAGAGAGCUGGAAAGGAUUGCAACUGAAUGGGCCAUUAUGGAAAAGAUAGUAGCAUGUGUAAGUGAUAGUGCAGCCAAUGUCAAGAAGGCGGUGGGUGACAUUCUGCACUGGAACCAUCUAAAUUAUUUUGCACACAUUUUGAAUUUAAUUGUCAGAAAGGGAAUCCAGCAGUCUCAAAUUCAAGAAAUUAUCAGAAAGGUAAAAGCAAUAAUUGAAUAUACACGCCGCAGCACAGUGGCUUCUGCUAAAGUGAGAGAGACACAGCAGCAGGUGGGACAGCCCCAACUAUGACUGAAGCAAGAUGUGCCAACCAGGUGGAAUUCCACUUAUUACAUGCUGAAGCGGAUUGCAGAAGUGAAGUAUCCCCUCAUUUCCACCUUGGCCUUGGUAAAUCCACAGCUGCAAACCCUGUCACUUGAAGAGUGGGAGAUGGUCAAGGAAACCUGUGAGGUCCUGCAGCCUUUUGAGGAAGUGACUGUGGAACUGAGUGCCGAAAGGUUUGUUACUGGAUCAAAAGCCAUUUUAAUGGCAAGAGGGCUGCAGAGGGUUACUGCACACAGACAGAGAAGUCCUUCCAUCUAUCAGCCCAUCCGCAACAUGGUAGACAUCCUCAUGGCAGAAAUAGUCAAACGGCUGGGGGGGAUCGAACAAGUGAGCCUGCUUGCAGAUGCUACACUUUUGGAUCCCAGGUUCAAGAAGCAUGCAUUUUUGCAUGAUAGACAUGCAGAAGAUGCUGUUACAAGAGUUGUGGGAGCUGCAUCGAGGUCCUUAAGACCACUGCCACUGGCAACAUCCAGCACAGAGGAAGGAGAGGGUGUCCCACAGGCCAAUCCUUCUACUGAGACAGUGCCUGUGAUUUGGGCUGAUUUUGAGGAGCGGGUUGCAUCACUGAGGCCAGGAGUCCAAAACCCCUUCACAGAGGCAAUGCUGGAGAUUAAAGGAUUCCUGUCAGAGCCACUCCUACCCCGAACAUCUGACCCCCUGGAGUGGUGGAAGUCCCGUGCCACUGUCUUCAAAAAAAACCUGCGAUGUUAUGAAGACGAGACUCUGCAUAGUGGCAACUUCCGUUCCAUCAGAGCGGAUCUUUUCAAAGGCAGGACAAAUAAUUACAGACAGAAGGAACCGUCUCAGCCCUGGAAAAGUUCGGGAGCUUAUUUUCCUCAAUGCCAAUCUGUAAGGGACAAUUCAUUUUGA